UUCAUCUAUCCACCUACCUACACAGCCAUUUACCCAUCCAUCUCUCCAUCCACCCAUCCAUCUACCCAUCCACCCAUCCACUUAACCAUCCACGCAUCCACUCACUUAUUGAUCCACCCAUCCACCAACCCACCCAUUUACCAAUGCAGCCAUUUAUCCAUCCAUCUGUACAUCCACCCAUCUAUCUACCCAUCUUCUGACCUGUCCACUUACCCACCCAUCUAUUAUCCAUCCACUUAUCUAUCCACCCAUCCACUUACUCAUCCAUCUGUCUAUCUACCCAUUCAUCCAUCCAUGCACCCACCUACCCACCCACUGACCACCUCACCUACCCACCCAUUCAUUAUCCAUCCACUCAGCCAUCCAUCUACCUAUCCAUUCAUGCAUCCACCCAUCCAUCUACCCAUCCACUGACCCACACAUCUACCCACCCAUCCAUAUCCAUCCAUCUAUCCAACCACUUAUCCACCUAUCUACUCACUCAUCCAUCUAUCCUCCCAUCCAUCUACCUAUCCACUGACCCACCCACCUACCCACCCAUCCAUUAUACAUCUAUCCAUCUACCCAUCC